CUGAGAGUGCGCGAGCGAGUUAAGCUGAUAGAGUUUGUCGUCGCCGUCAGAAGGAAACAAACUAGUGGGACCAAAACGUCCUCGGAAUGACGACGUAAUCCUUGCCUGCUCGAAGCGGACAUCCGUAACUCUGCCCUGGACCCGUUUCGGCACCCGUGCUUGGUUUAGUAGGCGAGUUAUGCGGACUUGAAAAUGAGGGAGCUUGUGUUUCCCCCCUCGUCGUCCAGCGAGAGGACAAAAUGGCAGCGCGAGCGCGUCAAACAUGCAGCGGGUGCGAAUUAAACCCGAACAUGUUCACUAAAGACCUGCAGUCUCGACACAGCUGCUGUCUGUGAAGGUAUGGCCUUACAAGUUGCAGUCUGCCCACCACAUGUUUAUCAACCCCAGACAAGUGCCUUUUGCAGAGAGAAGAAAAUUUAUCCCAGCAGCUGUGUUUACCAUGAAAAGAUCCAUCGCACUUACGUGAUUGGUGUGAAUCUAGGCAUUGCACACCCUACAGAAAUUAUUCCCUUAUCGCAAGUUGAAGAGCUAAGUAGCAGGAAACCCUGUGUUUCAGGGGAUCUCUCAAUAAAGACUGAACCCUCUUCAGCUCCUUGGGAGCUCCUUGGAAAGGCUUCCUCGCCAUACAAACGUUUGGCAUCAGAAGGUGGCCUCCAGUAUUUUUCCAGUGUGGCCCCAACAGUCGAAGAAAAAGGUGGAGAAAGUGGCCAAAACAGCCGUAGUAGUAGUAGUAGUAGAAGAAGCGCUCUGGGACCAAGCGACGGUGUGGAGAGAACCGGCGGUUUGAAUUGGGUUGACGGAACCCAAAAAUGUGGGUUUAGAUGCAAAGGCGAGAAGCUUAAGAACGGCAAGAGCAUCAUGCAGAUAGUAGAGGAACAUUCGACUCUACCUGCUAUGUUGCCAACAAACGUCGGGAGCACGGUGGCCUUGGCUCCACCCGAGCAGAAUGGAACGGGAACGGGAGCUGUAAGUGGAGUUGGGGACGGCGACUAUCAGUUGGUUCAACAUGAGGUGCUGUGUUCCAUGAAGCACACUUACGAAGUGUUGGAAUUCUUGGGCCGCGGUACGUUCGGUCAGGUGGUCAAGUGUUGGAAAAGGGGCACAAAUGAGAUUGUGGCAGUGAAAAUACUCAAGAACCACCCGUCGUAUGCACGGCAAGGCCAGAUCGAGGUAAGCAUCUUGGCCCGAUUGAGCGGCGAGAAUGCUGAGGAGCAUAACCUGGUGCGGGCCUUCGAGUGUUUCCAGCACAGGAACCAUACCUGUCUGGUGUUCGAAAUGUUGGAGCAGAACCUGUAUGACUUCCUCAAGCAGAACAAGUUCAGUCCAUUGCCACUGAAGGUGAUUAGGCCCGUGUUACAACAGGUGGCCAUGGCACUGAAGAAGCUCAAAAGCUUGGGCCUGAUCCAUGCAGAUCUUAAACCAGAGAACAUUAUGCUGGUAGAUCCUGUAAGACAACCCUUCCGUGUGAAAGUGAUUGACUUCGGCUCUGCUAGCCACGUCUCCAAAGCUGUGUGUUCGACUUACCUACAGUCCCGCUACUACAGGGCACCAGAGAUCAUCCUGGGCUUACCAUUCUGUGAGGCCAUAGACAUGUGGUCACUGGGCUGCGUCAUCGCUGAGCUGUUCCUGGGCUGGCCGCUCUAUCCAGGAGCAUUGGAGUAUGACCAGAUUCGUUACAUCUCGCAAACUCAAGGCUUUCCGGGAGAGCAACUUUUGAACGUGGGAACGAAGACGGCCCGCUUCUUCUGCAAGGAUUCCGAUUCGCCAUACGCCGCCUGGAGACUAAAGACGACAGAAGAGCAUGAAACCGAAACGGGGUUGAAGUCAAAGGAAGCGAGGAAGUAUAUAUUCAGCUGUCUGGACGACAUUGGACAUGUGAAUCUAAUACUGAACAUGGAGGGGUGUGACCAGUUGGCAGAGAAAGCAGACAGGAGAGAAUUCGUAGACCUACUGAAGAUGAUGUUGAUGAUCGAUGCCGAUCAGAGAAUCUCACCUUCAGAUGCACUUUCCCACCCUUUUGUCACUAUGCAGCACCUAAUGGACUUUCCACAUUGCAACCAUGUCCAGUCUUGUUUCCACAUCAUGGAUGCGUGUCACUCACGAACCAGCAUAUAUGACACUUUCAACCGCAACAAAGUUCCUCCUCUCAUGAAGCCUGUGACACUUUCAAGUGCUCAAAACAUCACUGUCGCCUUCAACAAAAUGCCGUCUGUCCACUCUCAGACUCUGCCUCCAUCUGCUCCACCAGUGGUGCAUCCUGGAAUUCCCAUCCAGACAGGAAGUGCCCAGUUUGGGUGUAACGAGUCAUUUCAACAGGCACUCAUUCUUUGCCCCCCUGCUCUUCAAGGAAUUCCCUCAAACCCGAGUCAGCCAGCAGGCUAUUCGGUUAGAAUGGAGAACACUCUUUCUCUUGUGACCCAAGCGCCAGCCAUUCAGCCCUUAACCAUGAGACCUGGAGUUAUAGCACAACAGCCGUGGUCCAACAGAACUCCACAGAUCUUGGUGCCAGCUUGGCAGCAGGUUCCACCACCUGCUACGAGCUUGGCCUCCGACACAGUCGUUGGACAGAGGCGAGGAGAUUGGGGGAAAGUGCGGCCACACAGCCACUAUGGUUCUGUGAUGCAGCCUAUUGUUCCCAACCAAAUGGCUGUGUCAGCCCAUCAGCCUAUAAAUAUUGGCAUCGCUCAUGUUGUCUGGCCUCAGUCUGCUCCUAACAAGAGGAACAAGCCCAGUCAGAACAGAAGCAUGAAUGUGUCAUAUUACACGGAUACACAGCCCUCAGUGUAUCCGUCACCAAAGACAACAGACAGAUUGACAAACGCACAGCCGGAGCAGAUAUCUCCCAAUAAAGAGAUGCAGAAGCAAGUGAAGCAGGAACUAGAGCAGGUGGAGGAAGAGGGCUGCUGUAAGGCAGGAGUAGCCAAUCAACAGCGAGAGUCCAUCGUUAUUAGAGAAACGCCCAGCCCAGCGGUUAGCGUCAUUAGCAUAAGCAGCGGGACGGAUGAGGAGGAACAAGCACAGAGAUGCUCUCUUAAUAAGUGUAAGGGCAGUCCGGAGUGCGAGGCAUGCACAAGCUCUCUGAACAUCGAGCGAGUGUGUUCUCUCAGCAGUCCUGAUAGCAGCCUGAGCACCAGCUCUUCAGCCUCGGUACAAUCCAGUCCAUCUCCAUGCAAGAGACCCAGCAGUGUAUCGGAAGAUGAUGGUCAUGAAAGUGGGUGUGAAACAGUAGACGGAUCUCCGCCUUCAGACUCCUCCCUAGGCCCACAUGACAGCCCCUUCCCCGAAAGACGCUUUUUGACUAAUCAAAAUCAGAACCAGGAACCCCUGGCCAGGUGCGGACACCCCGAUACAAGGCUGAAUAAACCUGCCGUGAGGACCGUGGUGGUGCCGCCCAUGAGAGUACUGAACAAUAAUCAUCAGAACACAACCGUCACAGUCUUCGAGUCCUAUUGCCAGUCCAGAGGUCGCUGCGGCCCAGGACGACUGAGCCACCUUUCCACACCCACGCUGCCUCGCCAGCAGAAAAUCAACUCUUCAUUCCAGCCGCCAGGCUUUGGCCAGGUCCAGCAUUACGGUUCCUGCCACAAAGAAUGGAACGGCAACUACCGGCAGCAGCGCCGGCCACAGGCCUUCAUCCCCCCAACAGUGCACGGCCAUACCUUCCCUCUUCACCACGGCAGCCCCACACACUCUGCCGGCCACCCCCCACCGCCCGCCCUUCUCUCCUAUGCACCUUCCGGGCCUGUGGCCCACCUCUUGCCUUCGCCGUGCCCACCACCGGCCCCUCGGCCCGUCUUGCAACCCGCCUACAGUCUAGUGCACCACCAGGGCAUCAGCGUGGGCAUCAACCACAGGCUGCUCCCCUCGCCCACCCUUCUCCCGCAGGGCCAGUUCAAAGCCCUCUUUCCCCCGCACUCCUACAUGGCGUCGCCCGCCUACGCAGGCUUCCCCCUCAGCCCCAGCAAACUCAGUCAGUACCAGUACAUCUGAGCUGGAGCCCGCGACAGCCUCGCGCACGCAGCCAGCAAUGAAGCGCAAGCCGCAAACUAUUGACAACCCGUAGGGUUUCUUUUGUUUCUUUUCCUAAUGAAGUUUCACAACAUCGAUGAUGAUGAUGCAAUUGUAAUCAGGCUUUAUAGAAAUCAUGGAGAAUAAAAAAAACACGCGUGACUGAGGGAAUGAGAGGAUUAAAUACACAAACAGGAAAAAAAACGUACUCUUAAUGUGUUUUUAGCACAUUUGAUACAAGAAAAACCCCAAGUCAUUAGACGCCCUGCUUUGUGGAGGGACACAGCAAAUCAUCGCCCCAUCUUCACUUCCCCAAGCUAAGAUUGCCUUCAGACACAGUGACUCAUUAAGCCAUCACUGUCUCCGGUGGAAAAGCCACACACGUGCGUGCGAGUCCCCCUUGUGGCGAUCCAUGUUACCUGUCCUGUAUUUUCUCGGUAACCUUUGCUUUUCAGUGUUACGUCUCUCAGACCGGUGUUGAGAAGGUUCUGUCACGCUGCAUGUCUCUGCAUGGGCAAAAACCAGUCCUGGACUUCAAGAGGAAUGGCUGCAAACCAUUGCUCUUAGACCUCUAUGUUUGUGUUGUAUGACUUGCUGCAUUGAAUCCUGGGUUCAAUAAACAGUGCCUUAAAAUACAUGUUGUGCAAGGUUCCCCCGAGUCCCACUUGCAGUCACGUACUGGUCUGCAGGACAUGAAACUUUCAACUGUUGGUUGUGAUUUUGAUAUUAGGGCUGUUUCAUAGAUUAAUCACUUGUUUUGUGCUUGGCGUGUUAGUGUUAGUUGGCAUACAUAACCUCUACGCUGGUGUCUUGAAAUAACACAUCUCCGUUUCAUAGGAAUUGGUUUUCUUUUGGAAAGUCUCACGUUAGAAUGACUUUUGACACGCGAUCGCUAUUCAUUUUCAGUUCUCUGACUUUGUGCGUUUUUUCCCCCUGUGUGAGAUUUGGCUUAUAAAGUCAUCUGACCUUUUGUACAGCCGACACGGUGAUGUAAUGCAAUGGCUGGCCAGUGGGUUUUUGUUUAAUGCCUUAGAUGAGUUGUUCCUUCACGUGUGGUAUUUACAGCUGUGUGUUUUUGGAUGUAUUGCGCUGAUGAUGAUGAUGUAUAAGAAGUAGCAGAGAUAGAUUCUUUAAGGAUAACGUGCUUCGCUGUAGCAGAGGCUUAUACAAAUGAACUAUGUACAGAAAACGUUUGAGUACUUUCAUAUUUGAUAAUCUGUUUCUACUCUAAUAGUAUUUACACUGUUUAAUGAAACUGCAAUACAAUCCAUAGUUUUGGGGUCGUUUUAAUUUCCUUUUCAUGUUUAUUUUAGAGUUAGAAGUGCCGUCGGUGUUGGACUCGUAUCCUGCAGAUAGCUCUUUGAUGAUAUUGUAUGGUUUCCUGUUUGCUUUGUGCAGAAAUUUUCAGUAUUGAGUAUCCAACUGUAAGUCUAUCAUUGCUGGAGUAUUCAGUGCUUUAUAAGACGAAAGUUGAUCGUGUGCAAUCGUCUAUCUUCAUAGAUGCAUGUGACAAGAUUGGAUUUUUUGUUGUUGUGUAUUUUCUCAUUCUCAGCAUUUAAUCGAGGCUUUUGGCUGUUUUUUUAUUUCGUACAUUCCGUCAGGGAGAAAUAGCUUUUUUGUUGUUGUUUUUUUUUGUGUGAUUUUGUUUUUUAAUCAAGUUUUUACAUAUUUAGGUGCGUUUUGUUUUCCUUUGCUGUCCCGUAAGUAUACUUUCGCUACACCAAAGACAGUAAUUCAUUUCUUAAGCAGAGUAGCUACUGUUUUAGCAGAUGUUAGACUAGACAAGGCCGUAUUUAACAGAAUAAUCUAUGUAAAAACAUUGAGGUCGAUGUUUAGCUUUUUUCGGGCAAGUUAUGACUUUGUUUCAUUUAUUCUUGAAUGUAUCAUAGAUAAGCUGCUAUAUACUGAUCGCCACUUCAUAAUAGCUGUGAAAUUAGAUGAUUAACUUUGUUCUUAGCCGACUUAUUUUUAUAUAUGUCUAAUUACCUUGAACUAGAAGUGAGGUUGUUUUUGUUUGGUUUUACCGUACUGACUUGCAUCAGAAGCAUUUUAAUGCCUCUCUCUGUUUUUGCUUUUUUUAUGAAGUGUCAUUGUAACUACUGUAUUGCAAGUAAUUGAGUUUUUCGGGGGUUUGUUGCGUGUGUGUGUUUGGGGUUUGUAUUUCUUUUCCGUUUCGUUUGCAUCAGUGUUUUAUCUGUCGUUAUCUUGGGGCUAGUCUUUACGUAUUAGAUGCAUAUUGGUGUAUAUCUAUCUUAGUACGUAUAUUUGCAUUUUGUUCAAGCAUAGCUUGCAGGAUAGAUUUAACUUUGGGUAUCAAUAUCAAUUUUGUAUUUUAUAACCCUCAUAUUUCACCAUUAAUUUCAGUACCAAUGUUAGCACUUGUUGAUAACCGUCGAUAUGCUAGGCCAAUUUUGGAGUUCGGAUCAAAAUCUAUAUAGUGUCUCAUCUCUGUAACUACAGUUCUCGGUUUGUUUUGUCCUAAAUCAUCCCCCUAUGAAUUUGAAAAAUAUUUUAUCAGGUUUAAUGUGUUUAGGAAUGAAUAUAAAACUGCACGUGUUUCAGUUUGAUUAUCAAUGAAAUUCCACUUCAGAAGGACUGUUAAUGAGCUGAAAGCUAAGAGUUAUUGGGCCACCUGUUCUCAUUUGAACAGCAUCUCGCCGUGGGUGUUUAUAUGGGCGUGUAAGGUCCCCGCUCUUUAAAAGCAGAGCAACACUGCGCUAGUGCCUUUGAAACGUGCUUCAGACCUUUAUAUCCCUUUUAAAAACACUGCCUGCCAGCCUCUUUCAUGUUCCCUCGCUCUGAGCGAACAGUCUGACCGGUGUUUGGGAAUCCUAACUGAAGUGCUAUUACCGACCAGUUGCUUAAAAGUAGUUCUCUACUUAGUGUUAAUAAUCUGAUAACCAAUAGCAAGUUUCAGUGUAACUUGGUAGUCGUACACCAAGCAUGCAAUGCAGUAAGGUGACUUUAAGGUGUUUUCUUUCAUUUCAUUUGUGGGGGGGAAAUUCACAUUCUCGUGUUGUGUUUUGGGACACGAAUGAAUUAAUUUAUUUGUUCUAUGACCAACAACAAAAUACAAUAAUGAAACAAUAUCAGGGAUUGUUAUUAUUAUGCUGAUUAAACACCCAAGACACUGUUUUCUUGUAUUUGGGAAGCUUUACAUAAAUACACUGUGAAUGUAAACAUCAACCCAUGGUUCACCGCCAUGUUUAAACAUUUGUAAAAUAGAAGAAAUUAACAGUCACCCUUUGUUUGACAGGAUGCGACAUUAACAGAGUUUAUUGCUUCAUCAUAGAUUACGUCAUGCAUUUGCAGAUGCAGUCCAAAAUGUGUUUUGAUUCCUCUGAUUGUCUUCAUUGUUAUAGUUUGCAUGUAGCACUAGAGAUGAGUACUAAAAUACUCGCAGGCAUAUUUGAAUGAACACUUCGCGAGAACGCAUUGCAGUUAAACUUUUCAGAAGCGUUCUAUAGUUCAGAUGUGAUCUACCUUCUAACCCAACCUAAUUACAAUGAAAUCCUAUCUAAAUGACAUAUGUAGAGGGAUCUACAAACAAAGGUGAAAUGUCUUUUAAAAACACCCAAACCAAACAUUUUAUUUUGUUUUAUUGUAUUUUUAUUUGUUGUAUUCAUGCUUUUUUCUUUUAGAAGUUGUACCGUCAAUUCAGGGUUGUUGUAUUUGUCAUAUGUGCUACUGUGUAACACUUGCCGUUAGAUUUGGGUUGGAUUGCUUUAGAUCUGUUUUUAACUCUUCUGCUGAUUGUAUUUUAGUCAAAGUUAAAUCUCACUGCAAGUUAUCAAGUAAUAUUUAGACUUAAGAGCAAACAGACUUGAUUUACUAAAUCUGAACUGUUACUGUUUUCAUAUAUGUAGUUUUGUGGCUUUGAUUUCUGUUUGCUUUUGAUUUCUAUGCUACAUUAGUUUGCCAUGUAGCCACUGCACUGUGCAAUAUUUACUAUAUGAGGACUGGGAAACUUUUUUGGAUGUAAUGUCUCUUACAGUUUGCGGUCGUAUUUCUCUCUAGUUCUCAGUGAUUUAUAUGUGACCAAGCCUUAUGUACUUUGUCACAAAAAGCGGGUUUUCCUGGUGACUAUUGGUGAGUGUCAAAUUAAAGAAAUUAUGGUGUAUUGUCAAAUUUCACUUUGAAUUAAAAUAUAUAUUGCUGCGGGCACACA